AGAAACAUAGCGUUAAGAAACGAGAAGGAGUUGCUUAGCAAUUAGCAUCGUCUUCUCCAAAACAAGAUCCAGUAAUAUAACUGCACCUCCUGGCCUUUCUGGCUCCGCCAGUGUUAUAACUCAUUCAGUGAAGAAGAGAGAAUGGUUGAUUUGAAGUAGUAAUUGUAUCGUAAUCAGUAAAUGGGUAUGGGUUGGGGAAGAGGAAUAUUCGAAGGUUCGGUAGUGCUGGGAUGUCUGUGUUCACUUGGUUGGGCAGGUCUAUGGUUUUUGAACCGUCGUCUCUACAAAGAGUACGAAGAGAAACGAGUCCUCGUUCAAAUCAUCUUCAGCGUCGUCUUUGCAUUCUCUUGCAAUCUUCUUCAGCUUGUCAUCUUCGAAAUCAUUCCCAUCCUCUCCAGAGAGGCAAGAGUGGUGAACUGGAAGAUUGACUUAUUCUGUUUGAUUUAUAAUUUAUGUAGGGCAAGAGUGGUGAACUGGAAGAUUGACUUAUUCUGUUUGAUUCUAUUGUUGGUGUUUCUUCUGCCUUAUUAUCAUUGUUACUUGAUGCUUAAAAACAGCGGUUUCAGGACUCAAAGGGCUGCUCUUGGAGCUCUUUUGUUUUUGUUUGCUUUUCUUUAUGCUUUUUGGCGUAUGGGAAUUCACUUUCCCAUGCCAUCCCCUGAUAAUGGUUUCUUCACUAUGCCUCAACUCGUUAGUAGAAUUGGAGUCAUUGGUGUUACUGUCAUGUCUGUUCUAUCUGGUUUUGGUGCUGUAAACUUGCCAUACAGUUAUCUAUCACUUUUCAUUAGAGAGAUUGAAGAAACUGAGAUCAAGGCCUUGGAAAGACAACUAAUGCAGUCAAUUGAGACUGCUAUAUCAAAGAAAAAGAAAAUUAUUCUCGGUCAAAUCGAGAUGGAGAGCAACCAAGGAUCUCAGGAGAGGUUAACUGCCAGAUCAUUUAUCAAACGUAUUGUUGGCACAGUUGUUCGAUCCGUGCAAGAAGACCAAAAAGAGCAAGAUAUCAAAGGCAUGGAAGCAGAGGUACUGGCUUUAGAAGAGCUUUCAAAGCAAUUGUUCUUGGAGAUCUAUGAGCUUCGUCAAGCAAAAGAAGCUGCUGCAUAUUCUCGCACUUGGAGAGGACAUAUGCAAAAUCUACUAGGUUAUGCUUGUUCUGUUUAUUGUGUGUAUAAAAUGAUCAAGUCAUUGCAAAGUGUUGUUUUCAAACAGGCUGGUUCAGUUGAUCCCGUGACAAGGAUGAUUAGUAUAUUCCUACAAUUUUUUGAUAUUGGAAUAAAUGCAGCCUUAUUAUCUCAGUAUAUUUCCUUGCUAUUCAUCGGAAUGUUGGUUGUGAUAUCAGUGCGUGGAUUCUUAACAAAUUUAAUGAAGUUCUUUUUCGCUGUUUCAAGAGUUGGAAGUGGAUCGUCUAGCAAUGUUGUUCUGUUUUUGUCUGAGAUAAUGGGAAUGUAUUUUCUAUCUUCUAUUCUUUUAAUCAGGAAAAGCUUAGCAACUGAUUACAGGAUUAUUAUUACAGAGGUAAUGGGUGGUGAUAUCCAAUUUGACUUUUAUCAUCGGUGGUUUGAUGCAAUUUUUGUGGCUAGUGCAUUCCUUUCUCUACUUUUACUAUCUGCUCAUUAUACAUCUCGCCAAAUCGACAAACAUCCCAUUGAUUGAAAUAUAUACUCUCUAUAUACAUGUAUAGUUUCUACUGCCACUGAAGUGAGUAGCUGAUUAAAAAUCCAUGCUGAAAUAGAUUUCUCAUCAGUGAGGGUUGGAUAUUGUUUGUAAUGUCAACAUAUGCACAUACUGCCAAAUUCAUCAGAAUAUCCAUUUUGGGUUUAUCUUCUUUCGAAAGGGGAGACUUCCAAACAGAUAUUAUUGUUGGGUAACAUUGAAUGUAGAUUUGCUUUUGCACUUGGCCUGGGAUUGGUUCCAUAGGCAUAAAGGAACAUCAUACUUACUUGGUGGUAAUUUUCGAUUAUCCUUAAUUGAAAUCCCAUCCAAUAUUUUGGUUGUUUGUCUUGAAUAGUUGUAAAUCACCGGGUUAUUAUGGAGUAAUAUCUAUCAUAUACCCGCACUAUAAAAAGUACAUCAGCUAGUAGUAUCUGUAUUUUUCUUCAAUGUGAACGCUGAUCACGUCAUGAAACUGACAGGUCAGACUAUUAUUGUAUUAUGGAAUUUUUAGGAGGAUUCUAAGUGCUA